AUGCCUGUGGAAAAGCGUCAAUCCAAAUCUGCGCGCUAUCGUGCUUCCCUGGCCGAAAAUAUUGAGAAGAACGGUUUUGUCGUCAUGCCUUGUACCUGGUGCGCCACUCAGAACCUGACGUGUCGCAUGCUUCCGAAGGUAAAGCGUUGCAGCGCGUGUGUCCAGCGCGGUCGUUCGUGCGAUGGUUCGGGCGUCCCGAUUUCCCAGUUAGACCGUAUUAUGCAAGAACAGCGGCGGAUCGAGCGCGAGGAACGCGACACCGAGGAGUCCCUUGAGGCGACUCAACGAAAACUGGAAGAGGAACAGCGUGCCCUCACUGAGCACCUGUCCCGUCUACGGCGCCUUCGUCAGCAGAAGAAAUUCUUGGUGGAUCGUGGUGCGGAUAUGGUUGCUCGUGGUCUGUCGACCUUGGAUGAUCUGGAGGAGGCUGAGAGGCAGGAGGCUCUUGCUGCGACAGGGGCGCCUUCGUCCGAGGGCGUCCCUAAUUCUUUUGUCGAUCCUUCUUCGGGGUUCGACUGGUCCUUGGGGAACCCACUUGCUGGGGUUGACCCUUCCGCGGGGUUUCCUUUGGAUUGCUUCAACGUCCCAGAGUUCCUCUUCGUCUUCCGCCUCGGCGCCCUUGUCGAGUCGUGCGUUCUUCGGCGCUGGUUCCAGAAGCGAGAUGUGGAAAACGUUGGUCCGUAG